AUGACAGCCAACACACCUUUAGUUAUUUCGGCAUUGUUAUUUGUAUGUAUUACAAUUCAUGUUCAGUCAAUUCCAAUAGAGAAAGCUAAAGAAACCAUUCCAAUACCUUCGAUUGACCGGAAACAGGAACUUCAAAAGUCUGUUGAUUCUGUAGGAUCUUCAUCGGAUUCUACAACUAGUACAACAACGAUUAGUUCACAAACUUCAUCAACAGAAUCGACGUUAAAACAAAGCAAAAAUGAACACAAAAGCAAACGAAAUAUCUUCGACAACGAUCCAUUCGAUGAUAUUUCAGUUAACGGAGACAGUGAAGAAGAUUCUGAACAACCAUUGAAGAUUAAAUCGAACAUUCGAAAGAACCAAAAUGGACAUGUUUUAUAUACAAACGUUGACGAAACAUCAGCACAAAUUCAUGACAAUGCAGAUAAACCAGCCAACAUCGAUGAUUCAAAUGUUUUUUCUGAUAUCAAAAUGACUCCGAAUGAGCUAACCGAUAUUGUACGACAACGUCGUGAUGUGAAAUUAAGUAUGGAAUCAAACCGAAGACGUAAACGGGCUCUAUCAGCAUUCGAUCUUUAUGACACUGAUCCGCUUUCCCAUCCAUAUGAUGAUCUACUAGAAGCACGUCAAUAUCUUCGUUCUGCUCGUUCUUUUGCGCCACUCUAUUGGUAUCCAAAUGUUUACGAACGAAACGUUCGCUCUGCCUUUAUACCAUCUUUGUAUGAAACACCCGAAUGGACGCGAUUAUUUUCAGCUAAUAUUAAUAACGACGACGACGACGACGACGACAAUCUAGUUUCUUUGUAUGGUGAAAAUAAUGACGGCGAUGAUGAUGGUGAAAUAAUUGAUUAUGAAUUAAAUCGUUAUCCUAUUUUAUCAGAAUCACACAAUACCGUUCAUUCUAUGAAAAUCAAUAUCCGUAUUAUACACGUUUCGGAUCUUUGGACACAUACUUUGAAUAAAAAGUAUUGA